CCCUGAGGUUUAUUGAGGAGAUGCUGACUUAAACAUCUGGAGCCCCCCGUCUGGCAGACAUGGCUGAAAUGCACACUCCGUAUUCUUCCCUAAAGAGACUGUUAUCUUUCUUCAAUGGCUUCAUGGUUAUGUGUGGUGUGAUCCUCAGUGGCCUGGGUAUCUAUGUCAAGUUCAGAAGGGCUGUCCUGACAAGGGUCCUUGGGCUGUCCUCUGUAUAUCUCCUUCACAUUGGCUACCUGUGCCUGGCAAUGGGCUGCAUCGCAGUGCUGGUUGGCUUUGCUGGGUGGUAUGGAGCAACCAGAGAAAGCAGGGGCACUCUCUGUUUCCUGUUCACGGUUAUCAUUCUCAUCAUUGAAAUCACAGUUGCCGCAGGGGUCCUUGCCUUGUUCCACAUUGUAAGCACAGUGCUGCUCCUCCCGGUCCACAAAGUGGCCUUGGAGCACGUCUUCGUGGCCCUGAGGAAGAAUCACAGAGGUUACCGUGCACCAGAUGACUGUUCCACAGAACGGAACUUGGCCAUGGAGAAGCUGAAAUGCAGCUGGGUGAAGGACGACACAGAUUUUUCUUGCUCUUCCUUUGAAAUGACAGCUCCUUUUGACUAUAUAUCCUUGGGGAGUCGGGGUUCCCAUCCUCAUUUCUCAUAUGGGGAAACUGAGGUGGGGGGGAAACAGUUCAAGGUCACAUGGCUCUGGUGGAGCUGGGUUUGGCCUCCUGAGUCCAGGCCCUGGGCUACACCACCUGCCUUACCGAGGGCUGAAAAUAAAGCAGUAACAAUGAGCAAGGAUCAUUCUAGAAGAGUGACAGCUGCCACGGGACCAGGCACUCACUUCCACGCCCUGAGCGGAAGGCAGACGCUUAACCGCUGUGCCACCCAGGCGCCCCAGGGCUGUUUCUUGAAAAUAACCAAGACUCAGGGCUUCAACUUGAGUGGGGGCUCACUGGGGGCAGCAGUGAUACAGCUGCCAGGAAUUCUUGCCACUUUGCUGCUAUUCAUCAAACUAGGCUGACAGAGCUGGGGGAAGGACAGGACAUCUGGCCCACCUGGAUGCUGGAGAUUUUCUCUCAUUAUUUCUCUGUGGCCCUCACUGCUUUUGGAAGAGAGACUGGUAAUAAAAGAUUUGGGAAAGCCCUGUUAUCCUGACUCCUUUUUCCUUCAUUUUAUUCUUUAUGCUAGCUGGCAAUGAUUUUAGCCCUAAGUACCUGAAAGGGAGGACAUGGCCUCCCUUCUCAUGCAAUUGUCUUGUUUUGUUAAUUAUUUUGUGGGGAGAAAAAUCUACAAUGUCCACAAAAAAAAACAAAAGAACUUGUCCAAAGAAACUCCUAUAUACCCAUCACCCAGAUCCAACAAUCACCUUGAAUCUGACGUGUUUGUUUCAUGAUCCCUCUUUCCCCUUGAUGAAGCAUUCAGAAAUGAAUCCCAGACAAUGUCAUUUCUCCCCUCAUACUUGAGUACACAUCUCUCAAAAUGUAUACAUCUCUGUCAACCCCAAUGCUAUCAUCACACCUGACUAAAUAUUUGUGUCCCCCAAAAUUCCUAUGUUGAAAAAGAAUCCCCAAUGCGAUGGUCUUGGGAGGAGGGGCCCCUGGGAGGUGACAAGGUCAUGAAGGCUGAGCCCUCAGGAAUGGGAUUAGUACCUUAUAAAAGAGACACCAGAGAGCUCCUUUGCUUCUCCUUCCAGGGAGGACGCACCAAAAACAAAAACAAAUAAAAAAAACCCAAAAACCCAGCCAUCUAUGACCCAGGAAAUAGGUCUUCACCAGGCACUGGAUCUGCUGGUGCCUUGAUCUUGAACUUCCCAGCCUACAGAACUGAGAGAAAGAAAUGUCUGUUGUUUCUAAGCCACACGGUCUACGGUGUUCUGUUAGCGCAGCCCAAACGGACCAAGGCAACACCUAAGAGAAUUCACAACCGUUCCUUCCUAUCACCCAACGCCCAGGCCACCACUGAAUUUUCCUGAUUGGCUCAAAAAUGUCUCUCACAUGGAUUUCUCGGUAUUUCGUUGGUUUUUUACUGAGAUACAAUUGACAUAGGACAUUAUUUGUUUCAGGUGAACAACACGAUUUGACCUUAGUAUACACUGCAGAAUGACUGCCACAAUAAGUCUAAUAAACAUCACCGUACGGAGUUACACGUUUUUUUCUUGUGAUGAGAACUUUUAAGAUCUCUCUCUUAAUAACUUUCAAAUAUGGACUACAGUUUUAUUAACUAUAGUCACCAUGCUGUACGUUACAUCCCCCG